AUGGCGCUGCGUGCUCGUGGUGCGUGGGGCUGUGCGUGCUGCGUUGUGCGUGACAAUGCUGCCUGUAUCACGCACGUGCUGAUGGCCCUUGUCUGUCAGGACCCACAAGCAUCAGAGCUGCAGCUGCAGCCGUCGUCUGUAGCAGAGCAGGACGAGCUGCAGCGUCUGGCGCAGCUCUACAGCCUCCACCUGAGGGUGGCAGAGGAGCCCCCGGACGCCUCACAGCAACACCCCGCCCCCGCCAACAGCUGCUUCGUCACCAAGACAAGGAACACGACCACGACGCAGCAGCAGCAGCAGUGCCUGAGCCCAUCCUCGUUCCCAAGCCUGGCGCUACACACGUCUUUUUCUGCCGCCUCCUCGCCGGCGGGCGGCGCCGCGUCCCAAAGCUUUUCGUCCCUCGUGCACUGCUCGCAGUCCCCGUCCCAGCUACCCCCAGCUCUACAAGCGCUGAGCCAGGAAGCAAUAUCCUGCAGUGAUCCUGCAGGCGCUUCAAACACAUCUUUCCCUUGGGGGUUGCCCACUCCCCUCAGCGACGUCACUAAGAAGCGAAGAAAAGUGCCCACGUCCCCGUCCUUCGUUUACUCGUUCAACUCGCCGCCAGGCGGGGGCGGCUGCAACAUCGCUGGCGGCAGCCACGCGUUGCUCAGUGAGGGGGCGACGCUAGUACAGGCGUCCUCUCUCCCGGCACCGCCGCCUCCCGCGGUGGAAGACGCCGUCAUGCUCGACCAGACAGAGCGUUUGGAGGGCGGGCCUUACCAGGACGGUGAAGAUGCGAUGGCGAGCUGAAGCUGCGGUUACCUGCAACGCCGCGCAUGUGUCGCUAUUCCGUCAUUCCUGCCAUGUGCCCCUCCCCUCCCUCUUGUCACUGUCGUCACCCGCGUCAUUCUCUUCACUUUAUCACUCUUGUCAACCCCGUCACCUUCGUCUUCAUAUCCUUCGUUCCCCCUCCACCAUGUCGCUCUCUUCACACCGCCCCCUCAUUCCUAUGUAAGCCAAGGCUGCCCCUUUCGUUGAAACUUACAAUCUCUGCGCCGGAGUUGUUUUCGUCGACAAUGCUGCUUUACCUCCAUACUAUUCUCUCAAAUCUCUGUUGUUCAAUUUCUGUUCUUUGUGCGACAAAAAUUUUCUAUUAUCUGAUGAAUUUGCUUAGAAGUCAAAACAAUGGAUAAGUUUUACUGUCGUGUCACAGCAUUUCUCUGAUUUUCGGUUCUUCAUUCGAAAAUAUUAAUUUAAACUACGGAAAACUAAUUUUAGUAUCAAUUCCGUCUUAUUUCCUUAGAAAGAUUGUUGCAUCUGAAAGUUGUAUUUCUAAUACUCCUGCUUUUCGCCCUUACGACUGAUUCUAAAUAAUAGGGAAGCACAAAAUGUAACAAGAACAAAUCUGUAAUAUUUCAAGCAAGCUUUGGGAUGUAAUACGUCUGGACUGCUUUACAUUCUCAGGCUGUUAGAUGUGUUGUGUUUUAUUUAUAUUAAUGCAUGUAUAUAUUUGUAUGUAAAAAGAUUCUAAUGAAAAUUUUCGAUGUAAAAAAAUUUUUAUGCUAACAAGGAGCUCUGCCAUUGACGUUUUUUAUAUGUGGGAUGAAACAGUCGCAUAAAUUACGUACGUUUAUACAUAAAUGUCGUGCUUGGCACUCAAACUUAUUGCCAUUCGCAUGUUUAUUCUCCAAUACUAAUUGGUAUCGUGAUUAUUAUUAUAAUCGAAAGUUUUGAAUCUUUAGGAGACUUUAUGUUCGUGGAGAGAAGUUCUCACGAGGACUCGCGAGUUGUCUGGGUCGUGUAUUGUGUUCCCGACACUAAAUACCUCCGGCGUCUGCAUGGCACCAUCGUUUCCACAGCAGUUAAUAGAUUCGAUAAUUUCUUCAACUUUUAUCGUGUUUCCAUCAGCGAGCCUUCGACAAGUUUUCUUAACUUCUCGAGGUGCCCGCAUAUCGUCUUCCUUAUAGAAGCAACACUAGGCACAUUUAGCCUGUGCCGGUCAUGCUGGAUGUGUGACUGCAUGUGGAGCGCCAUUUUGGCUUUUAUCUUUUGCAAGUACAAACUUGUGGCUUUCAGUAAUAGUUAAUCGUAUUGGGCGUAUGUGCUUUUAGCCAAUUGACCUAUGGAUGCUUUAAUAAUAUGUUUGAGUAAAUGUGCAUUACUAACCCAACAUUUUCUGAUCUAUUUCUUGCCUUUAAACGUUAUUUUCCUAGUAAUCUUGCAUUGAGUUCGACCCUCAAUCCGACAACCGGUGAACGAUUGUUUGGUCUAAGCCACUCAAACUUGUAUCGUGACAUGAAACGGCGCUUUGAUGACCAGUUGGUGCAGGCAGAUUAUCAGGCUGGUUCAAAUUCAUUGCCCUCAGCAGAUGAAUUAGCUCGUACGAAUUAGCUUAAUAAAACAAUUACGAAUAAUGUCGUCUGUUAAUUAAUCUGAACGAUAACGUGCACUAAUCACAAACAGUGUGCACAACCGAACCUUCACUGCCGCUUGCCACCAAUUCGCGUCUGUCCGAUAUCCGUUAAUCCAGUCCUGAUCCGCUCUAUGAAAUUCAACCUCCUAUUAUGUUAAUUGCAUCGUUUGCACGGCUAUCUGCUAAUGGUACUUCAGUGAUGGUUUCAAUAGAAGGAUAACAUCGCGUAAGUAACUUGCAGGCAUAAGAAAACAACCGCAAGGAUGAAAUUGAAGCCAACUAAGCGGGGCGUUAGAGAGGAGCACGAAAUUAACUUGCAAACAGGAAGUGUCACGUCGCAGUCGCAACUGCUCGAGAUAACUAAGCAAGAGGCACGUCGUGCGAUCGUGGGCAAGGCCGCGUGUACCGGGUAGCAGGCUGCAGAAAUGUUCGUCUUAUCUCACGUACUUGAACACUAGCUUGGACAGGAACCCACGUUUCAGAAGUGAACGAAGUGCACGUUCUUUGAACAAUUACGAUACUAAAAUGAUUAGCGUAAGAUAGAAAAGUUUUGAGGACUGUAAUUUAAUAGAUUCAUGCAAUUUGGAAUGUUCUUCCGAAAAAAAUCUGGGCUAGACAACGUAUCGGUGUGGGGAAAGAAGGAAGAGCAAUUGAGAAGACAUCAGAAAUCUCGUGGAUUACUGUUCAUUUCAAGCAUUCACAUGAUUCCGUUGAAAGUCAGAGACUUUAAUGAAACUAUUUGAAUUCCAAUAAAUAGAUUUCGGGACACAUAAAUUUGUGUUGCUUGUACACAAAUAGCACAUGUUUAAAAAAAUUCUGUUCUA